AUGGCCUCCAUAGAUCCUCCUGUCGGCGCGACUGUCGAGAUACCUGUUGGACGCGGCCUGGUGAGGUUCUGUGGACAGACACAGUUCGCUACAGGAAAGUGGGUCGGCGUCGAACUUGCAGAACUCAAAGGCAAGAAUGACGGAAGUGUACAAGGGCAGUCCUAUUUCACUUGUAAAAUGGGUCACGGCGUCUUUGUUCGUCCCAGCCAGAUCAAGGCUAUCAUCACAGAACCACCUGCGCCUGCGCCUAUCAAUAAUUCCAGUCUUCGAAACAGCUCCGUGGAUAUUUCUCGGAAGGAUGAGCCGUCUGCGUCCGGGAACAACUCGGCUGCUCGCACUAUAACUCUAAAGCCGAUUCCCUCCCCACCACUCCCGAUGCAGCCCUCCACGCAACAGCCGUCUCCAAUACUAUCAACGACUCCCGAAUUCCUCACCACAUCACCUCCCUCUCCCACAAUCCCAAAACCGCCAAUCCCUCCCCCUCCCGAACCUGAUGACCAAGAGCUCCAAGAACUGCGCGCUAAAAUUCGUGUACUAGAAGCUAAACGAGCGGAUGAUGCACGACAUAUCAGAGAGCUCGAGACCAAGCUCAAUGAAGCAGAAUCAUUUGUCGCAUUGAGACCGAAAUUGCAGGCGAAGCUUAAUUCUCAACAGACCGACCUCAUUGCUGCCCGCCGGGAACUCGCUGAUGCGCAGCAGCUGUCAGAGCUGACGGAAACUCGACUGCUUGACUCUCAGGAGCAGCUUGAAAUGGCCAUGUUGGACAAGGAAGUGUCUGAAGAAAGGGCGGAGGCCGCCGAAGCCGAGGUGGAAGAGCUGAAGGAGAAAUUGGCUGAGGUGGAGGUUGAGCUUGGAGUGCUCAAGGGGGAAGGCGGCGGAGGGAGCGAGGCCGGCGGGGAGGUCAAUAUCACGAGUUCUUUGCAAUUCAUUCAGUUGGAGAAGCAAAAUACUCGCUUGAAGGAAGCUCUCGUGCGUCUCCGUGAUAUCACCCAGGAGACUGAGCAAGAACAGCGCCGCAGGAUUCAAGAGAUGGAGAAAGACGUAAUGAAUGUUGAGGAACUGCAUUCCCAAUUGGACUCCAGCCUGAUCAAGCUCGCCAAUGCUGAAACCCAGAUUGAGGAUCUGAAGCUGCAGCUCGACGACGCUUUGGGAGCGGAAGAGAUGCUAGUACAAUUGACUGAACGUAACCUCAUGCUAGGCGAGAAAAUCGAAGAGAUGCGAAUCACCAUCGAGGACCUGGAGGCACUCAAAGAGCUCAGCGACGAACUCGAAGAGAACCAUGUAGAGACUGAAAAGGCUAUGCAAGAGGAAAUCAAUGAGAGGGAUAUUCAAAUACGGGAGCAGCGCAGCAAGAUCGAGUCACUAGAAGAAAUCUGUCAAGACUUAGAAAACACGAUUUCUCAGUUCAGGGAGCUCGUCAUGCAGCUUCAAAGCGAACUGGACUCCCUACGUACUCAGACGCAGACUGUCCAGAGCGAGUAUGCUGCUGCGACGUCACAGACAGCUGCCAUGAUGUCGUUGAACCUGAAAUUGCAAUCUACCGCGUCUAAGAAUCAAGCCAAGAACAUCGAUCUCGAGAUCAAGCGGAUUGAGGCCAGAGAAGCGCGCGAGCUGUUAUCAAUUGUACAGCCAUACUUGCCUCAAAUCUACGUGGAAUCGGAUAGCGAUGCAACCAGCUGCUACUUGUUAUUCCAGCGCAUGGCUCUCAAGACCGACUUAAUCAAUCUUGUCACGGCUCAGAUGCAUGGAUUGCCAGACUCCCUCAACGGCUCAGUAACGGAUACCCUUGUUGGUGUUUGUGAGCUAAGAGGAGCUGUCGCCGUUUUGUCCACAAUUUGCAAGCGCUUCGCUGCUAUACUUCGUCACUGUGACGUUGAAUCCUUCCUCAAUGUCGGACGCCUUUAUUCAGAGAUUGCGCCUUUGGAGAAAAGAAUCGACAUGCACAUCGACCUCCUGCGUAGAGAAGAAUUUCGCGAAGUUGAAUGUGUUAGUGACAUCAACAAGAUCCAAGUUCAAUUUGAUCAUCUUGCCGAAACAUAUUUCGAGCAUUUCGAAUAUGAUAUUGGAGAACGCGAGCUUGGUUAUGCGCUCUCACUGGAUCAUGACCUCGAUAUGUAUGCGGCAUCCAUUGGUCUCACUAAAACCGCAGUUGAGACUGUUUUGAAAGAUGAAGAUGUUGUACUUGAACUCGGAGAUGCCAAUGCCCAAGAAGCUUUCUUUGAGCCAAUACAGAAGUCAUUGGACCAAUACAAGAGUGCUAAGGCUAUAUCCAGAAAACUGACGAAAAGACUCGAGGAGCUCACCGAUGAAUCCUCAGCUCUCAAGGCGACAAUUGCACCUCAGCUCAAAGCGCUCAGCAACAUUGUCUCUGAUCUGGUUAACUUCGGUAUUCAGCUUGCUCAACAAACCAUGCCAUACAUCUACGAUGCUCGUGCUUCGAAACAUUCCUUCCAGCUCUCUAAGGUUCUGUCGUUCGUCGGCGACGUUGCAUCCUCUACCGUGUGGAAGAACAAGAAAGAUAUCUCGUCCUGCUGGGAUGCUUUGUGCGAUGCCAUGUCCCAAGUGAUUACACAGGCGAACGCGCUCUUGCCGAUCACGAUGGAGGCCCAAAAUAUCAUCAAGAUCAAUGGUGCCGCACCAUGGGUUAUUCGAGUUGAGGAAAUCAAAGCGAACAUGGCCAUCAAUGUCGAAGCGGAACGUAAAGUUGCUCAACUUCACGAAGAGAUUCAAGGCCUCGUCCGUAACCUCAAAGCCAAGGAGCAGCAAUCGCAAGAAUCAACUGUCAAGAUCGAACUCAUGGAACGUCGGAUGGAAACGGUCAAGAAACAGGCAGAUACUAUAGCCGAUCUAGAGGACGAGCUGGCGAAGGCUCGAAAGCAGGAGAAGUCCUAUCAGGAUGCUACCGACCAGCUUCAGGCGGAUUUGGACGCCUUGGAGCAAGAAAAUAUCAAGCUCAAAGCUGCCGGUGUCUAUGCCGAGCGACAAGCCUCCGGAAAUCCUGCAGUCGAAACGGAGAAUAUUGCCAUUGAAGGCAAUCUCGAGACAUCUCAUCUCCUUGAACAGCUCGAUGCCUUCCGUGGAGCCGUUCGUUUCUUACGAAUGGAGAAUUCAUAUCUGAAGGGUCAAGACCUGCUGAAAGAGAUCAGUGACCUGCCUCCGCUGCCGGAACCCGUUAGCCGCCGACCAACGCCACCUCUCGAUGCAUCCGGACUGUCAGACACAGACGAUUCAGACUCAGAGGUACUGUCUCGUCCGGCACCGACCUUGCGCUCACUGGCCACAGAGCGUAAGGUUCUGUACCGUGAAGUCAUCAAGUUCUCCUCCAGUCCGCGGGUAGUCGAUCUGUCAGUGAAUGCCCCAUCUCGUGCGGAUGGGACUAGAAAUGGCAAGUCCUGGAUGCCGAAGAAGAAGACACCAGCAUACCAAGUAUGGGAACGAAAGGUGGAGGCUGAGCGGCUGAGCCGACGGGUGCAAGGGUUGUUAGAACGGACAAGUUCUCUUUCAUCAUGA